AGGGUUUUGAUUGGGGGAUUUCUGUAUUCCGAAGGCAUGGAUUCGUUACCACCUGCAAAACGGCGUCGUGAGAGCAAAGACGGCGAGACCGAAGCAUGAACGUUGCCACCGGUUGUGAUCUUCGCUCACGGUGCCGGCGCUCCUUCCUCUUCCGAUUGGAUGCAAAGCUAACAUUACAUUUCCCUUUUUAAGCCCAACCAUACAACUACAUCGAUUUUAAUCAUAGGACUCUUAAUUUUAAAUUUAUUAAAUGGGUUAAAUCUUUUUAAAGGCUUUAUUGUGAAAGUUGUAUCUCUAUUUUUGUGAUAGAUGGAAGAACAUGUUAAAGGAGGCACUGCACGCUGUUGAUGUUGUCACUUUUGACUAUCCUUAGUUGGCUGCAUGGUGGCUUGCAUGAAAGACAUUAAUGUUUCUGCUGUAGUAUGCUUGGGCUACCCAUUAAAGGGAAUCAAUGGUGCAGUUAGAGAUGAAACACUGUUACAGUUAACAGUUCCUACAAAGUUUGUACAGGGCAGCAAGGAUGCUCUCUGUCCACUUGAGAAGUUAGAAGCCACUCGGAAGAAGAUGAAAGUACCCAAUGAGCUGCAUGUCAUCGAUGGUGGUGACCACUCUUUCAAGAUUGGUAAGAAGCACCUGCAAGCAAACAAUUCCACCCAAGAUGAAGCUGAGGAUGUUGCUGUGCAGGCUAUUGCUGCUUUCUUUUUCAGGUCUCUUGAAGGAUGAAGAAUGCCCCUGCAUUUGUUACUUCUGUAGUGUAUCAAGGUUUGUAUAUAAGAAUUGUCGUAUCUUGCAUGGUGUUAAUCUUGGCCAUGUUCUUGUAGGUGGCGGUAAUUAUACUUUUGGGAAUUUUUAGUUGAAUAGACAUAUAUUAAUUCCUUGUUGACAGAAUUGAUUAACAUAUGGCGAUGACUGUUAGUUUAACUAAA